AUGGGCGGCAACAGCGGACAGCCGGGCGUGCACGCUUACACAUCGCUGGCCGAGGAUGGCCCCCGGGCCGCUGGGGAGCCGCCCAGGAGACCCACAGGCCGGCUGGUCAUGCACAGCAUGGCCAUGUUCGGCCGGGAGUUCUGCUACGCGGUGGAGGCGGCCUACGUGACCCCCGUGCUGCUCAGCGUGGGCCUGCCCAAGAGCCUGUACAGCGUGGUGUGGCUGCUGAGCCCUGUGCUGGGCUUCCUGCUGCAGCCCGUGGUGGGCUCGGCCAGCGACUACUGCCGGGCCGGCUGGGGCCGCCGCAGGCCCUACAUCCUGGCCCUGGGCGUCAUGAUGCUGCUGGGCAUGGCCCUGUACCUCAACGGGGACACCGUGGUGUCAGCGCUGAUCGCUGAGCCCCGGAGGAAGCUGGUCUGGGCCAUCACCGUCACCAUGAUGGGCGUGGUUCUCUUUGACUUCGCCGCGGACUUCAUCGAUGGGCCCAUCAAAGCCUACUUGUUCGAUGUCUGCUCCCACCAGGACAAGGAGAGGGGCCUCCACUACCACGCCCUCUUCACAGGUUUUGGAGGUGCCCUGGGUUACCUCCUGGGUGCCAUCGACUGGGCCCACCUGAAACUGGGCAGAGUGCUGGGCUCAGAGUUCCAGGUCAUGUUCUUCUUCUCCGCCUUGGUCCUCACGCUGUGCUUCACCAUUCACCUGUGCAGCAUUCCCGAGGCCCCCCUGAGAGACACUACAAAGGACGACCUCCCUCAGCCGGCCCCCCGGGACCCUCCACCGCCAUCCGACAAAACGUAUGAGUACGGCUCUAUUGAGAAGGUUGGGAAUGGUGAUGCGCACUCAGCGCUGAAGGUGCAGGGAGAGAAAACCAAAAGCCCUGCUGACCAGAUUCAGAGUACAAUGACCAUGAAGUCACUGCUGAGGGCACUGGUGAAUAUGCCUUCCCACUACCGCUGCCUUUGCAUCAGCCACCUCAUUGGAUGGACCGCCUUCCUGUCUAACAUGCUGUUUUUCACAGAUUUCAUGGGCCGGAUCGUGUACCAUGGCAAUCCCUACAGUGCACACAACUCCUCCCAGUUUCUCAUCUACGAAAGAGGGGUUGAGGUUGGAUGCUGGGGCUUGUGCAUCAACGCAGUGUUUUCCUCACUCUAUUCUUACUUCCAGAAAGCGCUGGUGUCCUACAUCGGAUUGAAGGGUCUUUACUUCAUGGGGUAUCUGCUGUUCGGCCUGGGCACGGGCCUCAUCGGGCUCUUUCCGAACGUGUACUCAACGCUGGCCCUGUGCGCCUCGUUCGGCGUGAUGUCCAGCACCCUGUACACUGUGCCCUUCAACCUCAUGGCCGAGUACCACCGUGAGGAGCAGGAGGAGCAGAAGCAGAAGGCCCAUGCAGGGGUCCUGGAUGGCGGCGGCCGCGGGCAGGGCCUGGACUGCGCCACCCUCACCUGCAUGGUCCAGCUGGCCCAGAUCCUGGUCGGAGGCGGCCUGGGCUUCCUGGUCAACAUGGCCGGGAGCGUGGUCGUGGUGGUGAUCUCAGCCUCGCUGGUGGCGCUGAUGGGCUGCUGCUUUGUGGCCCUCUUCGUGCGAUACGUGCAGUAG